GAGAAGAUGGCGGAUGGCGACAGCGGCAGCGAGCGAGGGGGCAGCGGGAGCGGCAGCGGCGGGGGUGGCGGGCCCGGCGGCGGCGGUGGUGGUGGCGGCGGCUUCCAGCCCCUGUCCCGCGGGGGUGGCGAGCAGGAGACCCAGGAGCUGGCCUCAAAGCGGCUGGACAUCCAGAACAAGCGCUUCUACUUGGACGUGAAGCAGAAUGCCAAGGGCCGCUUCCUGAAGAUCGCCGAGGUGGGAGCGGGCGGCUCCAAAAGUCGCCUCACACUUUCCAUGGCUGUGGCCGCCGAGUUCCGAGACUACCUGGGCGACUUCAUCGAGCACUACGCGCAGCUGGGGCCCAGCAGCCCCGAGCAGAUCGCGGCGGCCGCGGCGGCGGCAGGGGCUGAGGACGGCGGCGGGCCCCGGCGGGCGCUUAAGAGCGAGUUCCUCGUGCGGGAGAACCGCAAAUACUACCUGGACCUCAAGGAGAACCAGCGCGGCCGCUUCCUGCGCAUCCGCCAGACCAUCAACCGCGGGCCCGGCGCGGGCGGUGGCUUCGGCGGCGGAGGCGGGCCAGGGCCCGGGGGAGGCCUGCCGAGCGGCCAGACCAUCGCGCUGCCCGCGCAGGGCCUCAUCGAGUUCCGAGACGCGCUCGCCAAGCUCAUUGACGACUACGGUGGCGACGACGACGAGCUGGGCGGCGGCCCGGGCUACGGGGAGCUGCCCGAAGGCACGUCCAUAACGGUGGACUCUAAGCGCUUCUUCUUCGACGUGGGCUGCAACAAGUACGGCGUGUUCCUGCGGGUGAGCGAGGUGAAGCCGUCCUACCGCAACGCCAUCACCGUGCCCUUCAAGGCGUGGGGCAAGUUCGGGGGCGCCUUCUGCCGCUACGCCGACGAGAUGAAGGAGAUCCAGGAGAGGCAGCGCGACAAGCUGUACGAGCGCCGGGGCGGUGCCGGGGACGAGUCCGAGGGCGAGGAUGUGGAUGAUGACUGAAGCUGGGGCAGCCUCCCCCACUCCAGCACCCCGACCCCGCUCCAAACCGUAAGCCCCCUCCCAGAAAUCCCCCCUCCCCGCCGGAAUGCUCCCCUUCCCACUCACCCCAUUUAGCCGGGGCCUGGGAAAGGGGAGGGCCCUAGAGAAACAAACCAACAAGAAAUAACAAGCAAUGCUAAUUAAAGAAAUAACCACCAGGAAACUCGCGGACAACUAGAAGAGAGCGGCAAGUUCAAAGGAAAUGACACGAGAGGUGAGGAGAAAGCACCUCUUCACCUGAGAGAAAUAGCCUCAAAUCCCCCCCCCCCCAUUCUCCCCUUCGCCCACCUGAACUAUCUAAACCUCAUCCAAGAUUACAUCCUCACUCGCCUUUGACCUGGAGGUAGAAACACGUUUUGAAUUGCCCAGAGCACCCACCCAAGGAUAUUUGGUUUUGAGUUGUGUUGUUCCUGGACUGCUUAAAUCGGUUCUAUAAAUUCCCAUUGGCCCCUCUGAUUCAGUGUUGAAUCCUUUCACUUUCUUUGAAACCAGCAUCUUGGUGUCUAAAUCUUUGCUAAGUCCAUGAAGAUAAGGAAGAGAGGCUGUUGCAAGUUACACAUUUCCGGAGGUGCAGGUCCAUAAAGGGAAAUAAAAAUUUUAAAAUACAUGCUAAUCAUGGACUCACUGGGCAAAAAAAGAAAAUUCAAAAAUUCUUGGGGGAAUAUGAAAACAAAUUUGAAUUUUAAAAUAAGGUUUUGGAGGGAACCUGGACCAAUGUCUAUUGUCUUUUUCUUUGCAGAAUUUCCUUCCUCCUCUUCCCUCCUUCCCCAAGCAAACUGAUGGAGAUAUCAGUGUUUGAACUGGAAUCCAUUACUAAAAUAGUUUUAAAGUUGGCAAGGUUUCUGAAGAUUUUAAUGGACAUUUUUGUAUUGGGGUGGGGGGUUGCAUAAGAAGAAAUCAGGCAUAAAGCACAAGGAAAACUGUUUGAGUGGAUUGGUUGCUACUCACUAAAGUUCUUCCCCUUCUCUCCAAAUAUGGAGGUUAUUAUAAAGAAAUGGCUUAGGUAUGAAGAAAUGAGAGCCAGGUUUCUUAUGGCUCCAAAAAGCAUAAGCCUGUGAAUAGUAGAUAAUUCAGCAAUUCCAUCCAAUAGCUGACUGGAUUUUAAACCAUAACUUGCAUGGGAUCAGCAAAAGGAAACAUGUGGCUACAAGCCUGAGCUUUGAAAGAAUGACUGACAUCCAUACAAAAGUUGGAAAUUAACAAAACUGAAGCCUCCAUUUACCUUCAGUUUAAUCUGUGGACUUGUUCAAAUAACAACAUCCUCAGGUCCAGAAUUUCCAGCAUCAGUUAUUCUUUUACAAGAAUUUUUAAAGGAGAACUUGAUCCAUUUUUAUCAGUACCUCACAAUCAAAGUUGGCACAUGAUGGAUGAAUGAUUCAGAAGCAGCAGGCACUAUGGAAGCUGAAAUCCAUCAAUAAAAGGAGCUAAAGAGAAAAUGAAUAAGCUGACUAUACCCUGGAAGCUUUUUUUAUACCAUCUUGAAAUUUCAACAUAAGCUGGCUUCUGCCAGUUCAUCUUAGCUGUCUUUCAAGAAUAAAAGUUGGGGUUUUCAAGGAUCACCUCUUCUAUAUUUUAAAUGGAUUCUCUCUAUAAAUGGUUUUUAACUAAUCAAGUCAGUCCUACCCCCCCCUACAAAAAAGGUAUUUCUAGAAAUGUUAAUGUAUCCUAGGUAACUUUGAACUGAAUGGGAUCUAAACUGUUCAUUCCAAAGUUUUCAGGUAUUACUUGUGCAAACACCUUCUCACACAGGAGGCAGGUAACCCCCACCUCCACAAUCUUCUUAGUAUUUUUUAACUGCAUGCCUGCCCUUUAUUUGAGCUGCCUUUUUAAUUUAUUGCAUACCCUUUUUAUUACCUUAUUUUGGUAUUACUCAAUCUAUACUAUCUUUUUGUUUUGUAUUUAUUGGAAAAUAAGGAAUAUACAAAAGGUCAUUCUUAUGCAUUUGUGGCUGAGAGGGAGGAAGAAGAUAUUUUACAUAAAAUUUUGGCUGUUUAAAAGAAUUAGAUUAUCCAGAAUACUGAUAAUCACAGGUUAGAGUACAAGAGCCACAAACAUGUACUUAAACCCUUUUAAAACAAAUUCUCUUCUCCCAUCAUACACAAUAGACUUUUUAAAAAGAUUUUUUAAAAAACAGUUUUUGUUUUUUAAUUUUUCUCCGUUGCAAAGAAUGUUUCCUAAAUUGUAUGGGAGCAAUAGUAUUUUUUGAUGUUUUAAUUACAUCUGUAUUCUUGUACUGUAUUUUGUACUACAAGGCAGCUGUUUUCAAUAAUGUCCUGCUGUAUUUACCUUUGUAUUUUGUUUGAGUGUGUUCAGUUCUUUGCUGCGGAGAACAAGUCCCAAAAUAAUGUUUGAAUAGAACAGCUUUAGGGUUGCAGAAAACUGCUUUAAAUAAUUUCAACAAUUUGAGGCAGCAGUGAAAAUUAAGGUUGCAGCCAUUCGUGUAUAUUGCUGUAACUUUUUCAUUUUCAAACCAUAUACAAUUUUUGUAUAGACCAACUUGUUUUGUUGCUUCAUUGGUGAUCGUGUUGCUCAGCUGCUGUGAGCCAAUUCGAUUUUGCAAAGGUGCAGUACCUCUCCUUUUCAAGGGGUUGGGUUUUUUGUUUUGUUUUUCUUUGUUUUUUUUUUUUUUUGGCUGAAUUGCAGUAACUAGCCUUGCCUUUCUACUCUGUAGAAUUGACGAGGUCUUCACAAUCCUUUACCCGUGGCUAUUAAGCUAUAAUUAGCUGCAUAGGAAGUAUGUGGAAGUGGACAGAGGCAUAUAUAGAGUGUAUGCCAAGAACACUACCAUAUACGGCAUCAGCUUUGGUAACCAGAGAAAUUUUCUCUUAGUCAUUAGACCAUAUAACAGUGAUGUAUCGUGCAAAAAAUCUUUAGUAAUCAAUUUGAGAAUCCUCCAAAAAUAGGAGCAAAGAAUGCAUAAGCUAUGUGUUGGAAGAAGUAAUUUAUAUUAAAACUGUGACCUGCCUGGAUAAGACUAGUUAAAUGUCACCAUGGUGGGUUUUUAAGUCUUAACCAAUCUUGAGGAUUUGAUUUUCCCCAAAGGGGGUGGUUCAUGGCCUUUCUUCCUAAUGAAGGAAGAUUGGAAUCCAUUCUAGCAACAGAAGGGUUAUGGGUUAAUUGUCCACUGAUCGUCAUUCCUGUCCCUUGGGACAAUAGAAAUCUGCAAAAUAUCGGGACUAUACUUUUGGAAAUUUUUUGCUGUUAGAUGUGGCUGUAUUAGCUGAGAAGGUACUUCAAAAGAUCAUGCAUAAAUAUUAGCUUGUUAAAGUCUACAAUCUUUGUUUUAAAUCUAGUUGGAAAGAAAGCAGCAUUGUACAAACUACAGGGUAGGAAACAAACCUCGUUGUUUUGUUACUAUUGCUGUGAGCAGUGGCCUUUUUUACUUCAUCGGGCAUCUCAGUAUUCACACAUUCAGAAUACCCAAUCCUAUUUGACAAUCCUCCUAAAGCUACUUUUCAAAUGAUUGAUGAAAGGUUUGUUACUCAUACUACUGUUUUCUCAGCUUGUUUUCACUGUGGAGUUCCUGCAACUUAAAAGAAUUAGAAACAAAAUAUUAGCAACAGAAGCAAAAGAAUAAGAAUCUGUAAAUAUGUCCCUAUAUUCUAGAUUUCUAUUGUCCUUAUUCAUCAUUUAGCCAGUGGAAUGACAAUUCCAGUCUGCAAACAUGUCAAUGCAUCUGCUGUACAAAAAAAGUAAGUCUGUAUGGCACCAAAAAAAAAAAAAAAACCAAACCAAAAAACCAGACACCCUGUGUAAAUAUUUAAGGCAUGUAGGUGGCAUAAGUGACAGUAGCUAUACUAUACACAUAGCUACUUGUCAAUUCAGUUUUUAUAAUUAAUUCAGAAUGAUUCUGAGGGUCUGUGGAUUUAAGCAGUCUUUAAAACCUCCUGCUUUGUUUGUUACCUUUGGAUCACUUUGCAGCAAAUUUACAGGUCUUUUAAGAGAUACGGGCUUCAGUUUCCUCCCCAAAAAACCAAACUACAAAUGUUUAUCCUGUUUUUUAUUUGAAAAUGUGCAGGGUAAUGGGCAAAAAAGGCUGGUUACAAUAAUGCCCUCAUAUUGAGUGGUCUGUUAAUGACUGCACACUUCAGGCAUUGUAAUAGCUGAAGAUGACUUGUUAAAUGUGAUCUUUCCCCAAUGUUACAAAGAUGUAGAAUGAUCUACACAAGGUAUUAAAAAGUGACUAUUAAUUUCCAUCUACCUUGCUCUUCAGAGAGUGUCAGUUAAUGAAUUUUGGGGGAAGCUUGAGUGUAUGUAUAGCUCAUGCACAUAAGUAUUCUUAACUAAGUUUUGUUAUUUUUAACCAGAUUAUGGUACUUUAUCAAAUGCACAACUAAUCUCUCAGUAGAUAUUCAUUUGAAAAUAGUGUGGCCUUGAUCAGUGAGAAGGGGAAAAGACUUGUUUUUUGCCUAUGUAAAAAUGACUCAUUUGCUGGGAGUCAUAAUUCUCUAAUAUUUUUGUGGUAGGUCUCCUUUUGAUCAGGAACAAAAUAAAAUGUUUUUGUGUUCAUUUAGGUAUUAAUUAAAUUCAAUUGUCUGUUGUGUUUAGGGACUAUCAGAAUUGUUCUGAUGAAUAUCAAAGUGACUGCUUUGAUGUCCAAUCUCAGGUUUUAAAACAUAGUGGUGUAAAAUCCCACUGGUUACUGGCAAAACAAUUUUACUUUAAAAUACCUUAAAGCUCACAUAUAUCGGGCCUGUUCAGACAGCAGAGCCUCCAUCUUGUUGCUCUUUUCCCACUUUCUACUGGAGUUUGAUACUUCCAUGGCUUGGAAAGUAUCAAGAAAUUUUUGCAUUGUAUAUUUCCAUUUUGACCCUUGUAUAUUUUCUCAAAGGCAAAGCACUUUUGGUCACGUAAAUACAUAGAUUAUUUGUUUUAUGUGGACCGUGGCUUCUCAGGCUCCCCUAAUUCUGCUUAUUAAAAUGAUUGUUCAGACUCUAUGUAAGUGGAAAUCUUUGCUAAUGUUUAGAAAGUUUGUAUUGGUCCUGAAAGCAUCUGCUAGCUUCCAGUGAAUGCAGUAAUAGCCAAUGCUGUGUUCAUAACUUAAUAAGUUACUUUCCCUUGAGCCUUAAGGUAACUCUUUUUUUGCUGUCAGUAGCAGCAUUAAAGUUGUUGCUCUGUAGAAAAUGAGACUAUCAGUUGUCAGGGUUGAUUUUUAAGAGUACUGUAAGUCAAUUAGCUGUCUUCCUGAUAAGUUAGUUAAUGCUUCCUUCAAAUAAUUGUGUGGAGUUGUUUGGUUUUUAUUUUUAAAGAAGGGGGUGGGGGGGAAGCACACUUAACUUAAAGCCUGACUAAAGGGGAAAAAUUAUAUCACCUUUUGGGUUUGUUAGCCCCAGAGAAGAAGUAAAAAUACCAAAUUAUAAUUGCUUUAUAUUUUGACCGAGGUUGGGGGUGUGGGGGUGGUGUCUAAAAUCCUAGUACCCUAAAAUUGGACUCCUGAAUGUUCUUGGGAUCAUCUAAAAACUUAUGUUUUGGGGUGUGGUGUUCUAACACCCACCUUCCUUAAUCUUUCGCACCAGACUCAGUUUUAUUAAGAGGUUUAAAUGACUCAAUUUCCACAAAAUGAAGUUUGAUUCCUAAAACUCAAAAUUAAAGUUGCAACAUGAAGAAUUUUACACUUCUAAUUCCCAGAUUUUGUCUGUGCCCCUUGUCUAAAGGCCUAUACUAAUUUUAUUGUAGAUUUCACAAAGAAAUGGUAGAGAACAAAGGCAAGAGGCUUGUAUUUAUAGUUAUCUUUUCUUCAAACCAAAAAUAGCUUUCUUAGCCAUUUAUCUAGAACUAUAUUGCUCUUUAAAAAAUAAAUUCCAUAAUUCAACUAGCUCAAUUAUUUAAGGCCUGAUUUUCCUGUUGGCAGGCUUUGCUAGGCCUUUACUUCUCUCUUCCAGCCUUUUGGUUAUUUGACUGCUUCAUUAGUGCCUCCACCAGAGGGUGGAUGGAGGAAGGAAAAGGAGGGGAAAACUUAAAUCUGUUCACUUUAUCCUAUUAGUGAUUCUAGUAGGACUGGUGAAAGAAUGGUGAAGCUUUUAGAUAAAACAAGGUUUUUGCAUAAUCAGUUUUAUUUUUCCUAUUAUUCCUGACAUCUGUUGACAUGAAAGGUUCAUUUUGCCUUUUAAGUGGAAUCUCACCCAAAUGUUAACAUUUAGUAGUAUAAAGUGGAAGAAGUAGAAAGAGAUGUUCAAUACAAAAUUGAGUAGUAGCUUUUUAAAAAAGGUUUCUAAAAAAUUUUUCUCCAGGCUCUACCACAUCCCUUUUGCUAAACAGGCUAACUCUUCAAAGAAAAAUACAGCCUUUCUCACUGAAUUAUAACAAUUUCUAAGGCAAAAAACCACAAACCUGGGGAGUAAUGUAUUUCUUUCCUUUCUCUUUCAUAAGUGCAGCUUAGGUGGAACCUACUAUCCUAAAGAGGAAUCUGGGGAGAAAUUUAUAUGAACACAUGUGUGUCAUAGGACAUGGGGGAGGGGGUUCAUUUUUAACUUAAAGGUCAUCAAGCACCCAUCUUUCUCCUAGCUACUUCUCACCCCUUUGUGAUAGAAGUUCCCUUUGAAGUACUGAGAGUAUUCCUUCCUGAACCUGGAAUCUAUUCUAUCCUUGAAAAGCUAAAUAGAAUUCCUGAGUCAAAGCAGGGUGUAAAUCUUGUCACUUGCCCUGAAUGUUAUGUUAGCAAUAGAAUGUGAGUUAUUUUUAAAUGGAAUGGCCAGCAUUAAUAAUAACAUUUAGUGUUAUGCUUCUUAGGCUGUUCUCUUACUGUCCUUUCUGGGCUGUCUGUAGAAAUGACUUUUUCAUGGUUAUUUAAGAAAAUAUUUCUUCUGAGUAAUUCCCAGAUAGCAUACUUUACCAUUCUAGUAAAACUGCCAGCCACAUCUGCCAGUGGCUAAUGUACUACAUGCCUCCUCCCCUAGAAUAGCUUCUUAAAUCCAACCCUAGGGUUGUUGCUCUGCCAACACAGAAUCUGUAGAAGUAAUCUGAAUGAGCUAAAUCCAAAUUUAAAAGUUCGUUGGAGCAGGAGACAGCUUCUUGAUUAGGAUGUACUUGUGUGUUUAAAUGGGCAGCAACUAAAAGGGAUAUGAUUUUGAAAUUUAAAUGUCUUAGAUCCAUAUGUAAAUAUCCACAUGCUUGUGCAUUGUAAACAGGUGUGUAUUCAUAUGUAUGAAAUUACAGAACUGGUUUCUGCUUCAUGAGAAACACAAUACCUUUAAUUUUAUAAGAUUUCCCCCACAACCUUAUAUGUAUGUAUAUAGAACACUAAACUUGUAGUGAUAGGAUCAAUUUGGGAAUAUCUGCUGAGAGACCAAAAAGUUCAUUUUUUAAGUACCUUGGUUAAAGAAUAAAGAUUAUUCCUUGUUUAUUUAAAAAAAAAAGAAAUGCACUUUAACAAGCAAACAGCUGCAUGGUGAAACUCAAACAGAUACAUUAAGUGCAGCACCCAUUCAAAAUCUCCCUGAAAACAAUUCAAAAGCAGAGUCAGAGCUGGCUGUAGGUCUUGCUGCCUAAGAGAGUGAAGCUCAGACUCUUAUCCUUUGUGAGGUGAGCAGGGCUGCUUUUAAAGAGCAAUGUGAAUACAGCCAGGAGCUACAGACAGGUCUGUAAAAGGGCAGGUCCUGGAUUUACCACUAGCUAACUAGCAAAACCAACCAGAAAAAAAAAAAGGUCUAAAAAUUCAUGCUAGUGAGCACUCCUUACAAUAGCAGAUUUUUGCAAAUGGAGUUUUACAAGUCUAUAUUUAAAAAAUUGUAUGUUUGUAACAAAUAAAGUAUGCGGAAAAGUGAAUGACAA